CUGGUGGCUGCGUCCCUUUUCAGAGAAAGAAUAAUACGAAACAUAAAAAAAGGACAACUACUUUCAAGGUUGAAAUCCCUUUGGGGAAAAAGGGUCAGCCGAGAUGAAUUUGGGUGUAAAGGCUCUUUUGAGCUGGGUAAACAACUUAAAACUGUCUGAGCGAGAAAUGACUGUCGACGAUUUACAAGAUGGGACAGUCUUACUGAAAGUUGUUUAUAUGCUGAAAAAGGAACCCAACUCCUGUGUCAGUAAUACUAUGGAGGAUCGAUUCCAGCUCAUUGCAGACUUUUUGGAAAGGGAUUGCAGAUUUAAUGCAGCCAAAGGCACUUCAUUAUCUUGGGACAACAUAAAAGAUGGGAUACAUCUCACAGUAGAAAUUGCAAAGGUGCUUUUGUUGCUUGUGUACCACGAUAUAAUGAAUGACCGCUGCACUCUGAACAUGAUGGAAUCUAAUUCAGAGCUAGAGAUAGCAAACCUAACUGGUUCCUAUGUAAUGGAGAGUGACGGCUGCGUUUAUCUGAACAAAAGACUUGAUGCCUAUUUAGAAAGAAGACAUAUGUCUGUUUACCGUGAAACAUUUGAGCGAUCAGCAACCGCCUCUUCUUCCAAUGUGUCGACUAUGUCCUCUUUGUCUGAUGACGACUCCCCUGUGUUCCACCGCAGACAGAAAGUCUCAUUUAUGGACAUGCAAACUGUGGCUUCUCCUUUAACCAGGUAACAGUGUGAAUUUGAAUUGAUAUGACACAGUCUGAAUCCGAAUACGUAACUUUAAGGGCAACGUUAAUCCAAACCUUUAAUUUGGGUACUUGUCUAUCAAAGCCUUUUUCCUAACGAUAUUCAAUUUUAUAUACUUUUGUCCAUUGAAAGGCUGUCAGCUCCAGACAGCUGUGUAUCUAUUUUUUGUUAUAAAAA